CAGAAUGUGCAUUAUUCUAUCCCAUUAGCAGAGAAUUAACAUGCGAUGGAAGAACGGAAUCACGAGAUCCUAAACAAGCAAACAAAAACAUAAGAGAGAAGAAUGGAAUCAAUACUUCUGCUUCUGCACAUGAAAUACUACUACUAAAAAUUAAAUUUAAAAAGGGUAAAAAUAAAAAUAAAUAUUGAGAAGAGAGAGAAAGAGGUUAGGUUGGGUUGUUAGAGAGAUUCGUUGUUGGGAGUGAAGGCAAGACAAGGGUGGAACCGAACGCAUUCAAUUGAAUUUGGGAGGAAGCAUAACAUAAAGUCUUGAGAAGCAAUGAUUGUGUUAUGGUAAUCGUACGUAAUAGCAUCUAUUCAAUGGCAUUUUUCAUUGUUGCUGUGUAAAUGGAAGCAGUUGUUAUUGAACGAUUUUUCCAAGUAUAUCAGAUAUUUGCUGGGGAUUAAGUGAAAAAGACUCAAUGGUAAAACCAAAAGUGUCUACUCAACCAAAAAUAUGCUACAGGCCUAUUCGACCUUCUGACCUGGACAUUUUAGAGCAUAUCCAUGGCAGAUUAUUUCCCAUCAGGUACGAAUCUACUUUUUUCCAUGAUGUGGUAAAUGGACGUGACAUUGUGUCAUGGGGAGCUGUUGACAGCAGUCGGCCGGAUGGUCAAAGUGAUGAACUCAUUGGAUUUGUAACAGCAAGGAUUGUUCUUGCAAAAGAAAGUGAGAUAGUGGAUAUGCUUGGAUAUGACUCAGCUAAAUCUGACCAAACUUUAGUCUAUGUUCUGACGCUUGGAGUAGUGGAAGCAUAUAGAAGUCUUGGAGUAGCUUCUUCUCUGAUUCGGGAGGUCAUAAAAUAUGCUUCAAGUAUUCCAACCUGCCGAGCUGUCUACUUGCAUGUAAUCUCUUACAAUAACCCUGCAAUCAAUUUGUACAAGAAAAUGUCUUUCAAGUGUGUGAGAAGGUUGCAGGGAUUUUAUUUAAUCAAUGGCCAACAUUAUGAUUCGUUCUUAUUCUUGUACUAUGUAAAUGGGGGACGGUCUCCUUGCUCACCAUUAGAGCUUCUCACUGCAAUAGUAAGCUACAUGAGGUGUGGCUUUAAGUCAGUGGCAGCAAGGCUGUGCAAGAACGGAGGCAGGAAGAUCACAAGGCGGGCAAAGUGUAAAGAAAGUCAUUCUCUUGUGUCAGCAACACCCAACAAAAGAAACAUGGCAGUCGAAUGUUCUGGUUAUGAGUGUGUUUAACUUGUUUUUUUUUUAUUAUUUAUAUAUAUUUUUUUAAGUUUUCUGUUUCCUGUAUCAUUUAAUCUCACUAUUGAUUCCCUCUAGAAAAGUCAUAUUAAAGCCAAACAUUGUAUUUACUUGCUAUGAUGUCAUAAUAAACUCCCUCGAUCCAGUGGAUUCACACAUACUGUUAGAAGUUGAUAACAAUAAUCUUUAAGUUUAUGCGAUCAAUGAAACUUGUGAUUCUGUUACAA